AUAUUUCGAUACAUCGCUUUUCUAUUAUUCGUAGGUUAAGAAAUUGAUAACUUAAGAUUAACUUAUUAAAACAUGGUUUACAUUGCGUGAAAUAGAGAAAAUCGUACGUGAACAUUUUAAUUAUUAUCAUUUUAAAAAUAUGACAUUAGGAUGAAUUAAAUUCGUGUUUAUUGUGUAAAGAUAUCAUUCGAAACGAAGAAAGGUUAGAUUUGGUUACGGUUUACAAUGGCUGUAGAAUUCUUAGUGAACCGUCUGAAAGCCCUUGUUUUACUUCUUUUCGGUGUAUUUAGACGUGCUAUGUGUUGUUUACGACGUCGUAGAAGAUCUUCGUGCGAUUCGAUACCUCUUUCAGCAGUUGGUGUUGUACCAAACGCUUCAAACAAUUCAAAUACGGAAUUAGAAAAAUGGGAUCAUUGGGAAGAAAAUCCAGUCGUUGUUGUACCAGAUAAACCUGUUAAUAUGGUACAAUCUAAGAUUGAACAAUACAGGCAACAAGUGACUAAAUCCACAGAACCUCCCAUGGAAGAACAGCAACCUAACUUUUUUGAGGAUAUGACACCAAAAAUUACAAGGCAAACAAAAAUUCUUAUCAAAGAUAAAAAAGUAGAAAAUACUUUUCGUAAUUCUACAAAAUUUGCAGUAGCUACUGAUCCAAUACCAACAAACGAACUUAAGGAAUGGGAAGAUAAUGCUGUCAGUUGGGAAGAAGAAACGAGCGAAGAAAUUGGUGAUCCUACAAAAGCCUUGAGAGAACAAAAGCGUAGAGAACGCGAACAACGCUUAUUUGAACAGCAACAGAAAAGGCUAGAACGUAAUGCUAGGCCACAACCAUUAGGAGCAAAAAUAAAUUCUUGAUGUGAAAUAACAUUCUUGUUUGAAUCAGCUUUCAUUUUUAUGACAUUUUUUAAAGGGAUGAUGUCUAUGUUCUUUAAUAUGCAGUUGAAAAACAAUUCCAUGUGUAUUGGAUAUCUUAUAAUAUUUCUGUUAUAUAUGAGAAACGAUUUUGAAACUAAAAUCUAACUAUACCAAAAUUUAAAUAAAAAUUUAUAUCAUAUAUAUAUAUAUACAUAUAUAUAUAUAUAUAUAUAUAAGUUAUUUAUACGACGGAUAUGAUUUCGAAUAUAAUAUGACGAAUAUACGAUAGAAAUGGUGAAAUUCUAUUGAAUAUUAUUAAAUGAAAUUGUUCAUAAAAGAACAUAUCUCUAAAGUAUUGCAUUUAAAAUGAUCUACUCAUAUAUUUUUAUUCUUAAUCAUUUUUUAUGACGCUAUUAGCCUUGUAAUUAUUUAAAUUGUAAAUACUUAUAUUUAUCCGAUCGUGAAUUAAUUUCUUUAAAAUUGCAGUGCAAUUAUUAUUCAUAAUUUAUUUCGCAAUAAUAAUUUGACAUAAGAUGGAUUAUAAUAAUAUAACAUUAUGUAUUUCUAUUAUUAUUAAUAUCUAUUAUCCAUUAUUUCUUUAUAUGUUUAAAAUACAAUACACAUACAUUGUAUUUGUAAACAUUCCACAUUAAUUACCUGUACCAUUAUAAUGCAUUGCACAUCUUUUACACUUAUUAAAAUUAUAUAAAAUGUAUUAGAUUUUUUGUACCUAUUAAAUUUUAGAGAGGCUCUUCUUAUAAGAAAAAUAGUUAUCUUUGAAAAUCUUAGGAUAUAUAAUUUAAUUAUUUUUUAUGUUACGAUAUGAUUCUAUCAUGGGAAGGUAAAUUAAAAAAGACAAGAAAAUUAUGUAAAUCACAGAUUUUUUUAUUUCAUUUUUAAAUCUACAUUUUAUCUUUUAUAUACAAAAAUGCGCAUCCGGUAAUAUAAUAAAACUUCAAUAGAAUAAAAUUCGUAGGCAUUAUUUCAUAUAGUCACAUAAAAAUAGCGCCAUAGUUUAAUAUUAAGAUCGAGAUAUAAAAAAAUUCAUUGCUAAUAAACUAGAGAUAAAGAACGAUUCACAUUGUUGCUGCUAAAUACCGCCGUAAAAUUGUAUAUUUUAUCUAAAAACAUAAUUUAUAAAAAUAUGAUAUAAUCGUCGUAACUAGAUAACCUAAGAUUAAAUAUCUGUCUUGUCUUUUAUUAAUCAAAUUCGGACAAGCUGCAAUCUAUUAUGACAAUGUGUGUAUAUUUAUCGAAUAGCGCAAUAUUAACCAAGAAUUGAUAUUAUCUUCGACGAGAAAAAAAUCAAAAAUCCGUAUAUCUUAUAUAUUUAUAGAUAUAAUAUUUGUAUGAUUACGUAUCUAUUUUUUGCACAAAAUUACAAAAAAGGGCACUUAUACAUAAACAACAUUCAGAAUUACAGUAAAUGAUAUGCAUAUUGGCAGAAAUCUUAUGUUGCAUCUUUACUUUCGGUUAUAGAAUUGAGGACGUUCUUUCUUUUCUCUUUACUGAUGUAUAAUAUUUAAGCAGAGCUUAGAUAAAAUAACACUAAGCCACAAUCAAGUAGUGAUCAAGUAGCGGCUAACACCGUGAACUUGGUGCGAUUUGAUCAAACCAGAAACCUUUCUUUGAUUAAAAAAGUGUUUGAGAUUUUAUAAAAAUAAACACUCUCUCUCUUGUUCUCUCUC